AUGUCCUGGGUGUGGACGCUGGGGUGGCUCAGAACUGGUGCCCAGGUGACUCAGGGCUUUGAGCUGUGCCAGGACAAGGUGUCAGUGACAGUGGGGGAGACGCUCACCCUCACCUGCACCACGUCCAGUGCCAGGCCCGCUGGCCCCGUGAAGUGGCUGAAGGGCUGGGGCAGUGGGAACCAGACCAUCUAUGACCAGACGGGCUCCUUCCCUGACGUGAUGAGGGCGGUGGAUCAGUCUGAAACAGACUUCACCACCCACAUCAAGAAAGUCUGCCCUGCAGAUGCCGGCACCUAUUACUGCGUGAAGGUUACUAGACAUAUGGACCGUGUUGAGGUUUUUCGGCGUGGAAAUGGCACAGAGGUGUCUGUACAUGGUGUGAGCCUCCUGUCCAGCCCCGGCUUGUGGCUUGGCAUCCUGCUGGAGAAGGGUCUCCUCGGUGGUCUCCUCAUCUUCCUCUUCAAGCGUGCGAGGGCGUGAGGAGGGAAACACCGGGGCAGCCGCCGCGUCCUGCUCCCUGUGGGCUUGCAGUUCCUCACUUCGCGGCACCGGGAGCGGGUCCCGGGACUCGGCCGUCACCAGCUUUGUCCUGUGUACUUAGAAAUAAAGGCU